UCCAGGCUGCGGCUCCUCCGACGACCCGGGACGGGGAACGGGCACUGCCGCGGCCUGCUUCGGCGGCCCCGCUGCCGCGCGAGGAGGGCCGCCCUCCGGCCCCCCCCGGUGCCGCGGCCGCCGGCUCGCCGCCUCCGCGGGGCACUCCUGGACGGCCCGUGCCCCCUUGCGGUGA